AUGCGUUUUGGGAAGAAAGGGAAGCUGUCACCGCUGUUUGUCAGUCCAUUUAUAAUUACGGAUCGAGUUGGAGCUAUGGCUUAUCGGUUAGCACUUCUUGACCAUUUAGAUUGUGUGCACAAUGUGUUUCAUGUUUCCAUGUUGCAGAAAUUUCUACGAGAUGCGGGUCGUUAUCAGUAUAUUGAUGUUGGUGAGAUUGAGUUGGAGCCACCGUGUCGUAUUGUCGAUCGUAUGGAUCAGAUUCUUCACAAUAAGGUUAUACCUUUGGUGCGUGUCCAGUGGAGUCAACAUAAUAAGGUUGAGUCUACUUAG